AUGGAUACGAAGGUUGCCAAGGGUAGUGGAGAAGUGGAAUGCCGUGCUGCAGACGCUCGAGGGCCAUACAGGCGGGGUCUGGACUAUGGCCUUCUCACCGGACGGCAAGACACUGGCGUCGGACUCGAGCGACAGCACAGCCAAGCUGUGGGACGCCGGAUGGGCGCGCUGCUGCAGACGCCCGAGGGCCAUGCGGACGUGAUCUGGGCCGUAGCCUUCUCGCCGGACGGCACCUCUCCCCAGGCCAAUGUUGGUUCGUUCAAUCUUUCAUUAUCUAUCUCUGAUGGGACAGCUGUUUCCCAACCACAGGAUCGACCCUUCAUCUUCGUUGAGGACCAAUGGAUUUCAUUAACCUCCCCCCUCACCACCGUUAUGGAUAAAUGUCCCUAUACUCUAUGA